AUGGACCUAGUAAGUAAGGUCGACGAGACCGAGUCUCGACUUCGGAGUGAACGCAAUACCACUCCUAGCACCGUUGGCGAACAGAACCAAAAACUGAACAACCUGUACAUCAAAAUCGGAAGGCUGUGUGAGGAGAACGAUACUCUCAAGGAGAACAUCGCGGCCUUAAAGGACCGAGAGAGGAAGAAGGAAGAGCUUUGCGAGACAUGCAAGGUGAAAGAGACUGAGAUAGCUGAACUUCAAGAGCAACUCGGCCCUGUAGGUGAGUCAUCCGAAGAGAACAAAGACAUUGGCGCACGAGCCAAGAAUGAUCCCGAUGAGGACGUCGCAUUGGCCGGGUUACGUAUCGCAUAUUUUAGAGCAGAGGAAGAUUUGCGAAUUAAGGACUCUGAGCACGCCGCGGAGAUAGCGAAGAUAAGAGAGGAGCAUGAGACUAUCAUUAAUUACCUCCAGCUGGGAUUGCGCGAUGCUCGCACGGCCACCAAGAAAGAGCACGCAGAGAAAUUGUGUACGCAGGAACAGCUUUCCAACACCACGAAAGAACUCUCCGACACUAAGAAGCAGCUCUUCCACUUGGAAAAGCAGUAUCGGAUACUCUGCGAUAUCAUACCCAAGCCGGGAGGCGGUGAGAUGGUAGAGCCGCACCCCCCAACCAAGCCGCGGUUGAGUCAAAGCAGAGAAAUGGAUAGCUUCUCGUCUUCGGUAACGCCCUUUUUGAGGCUGGAGCGAACAUCUCGUUCGCAUGGUAGUCAUGACCAAGGCCAUGAGAUUCCUCCGUCCCCGUCACAUACUUCUAAUGGCUCGCGAUUCAGCCUGGAACAAGACAGUGAGUAG